AGAGAGAGAGACAGAGAGAGAGAAAGAGAGGGGGGAGCGCUGUGAAAGUAGGGUUGUAGCUUUGGCUGGGAAGACUGUCCGGAAGGCUGUCCUGCCAAUUUCGCAGUUUUACCCCUUCUUUCCACAAGGACAGCUCCGCAUCCGAAGCGUGUCGCGGCUGCUGCGUAAAGCCCGAAGACGGGGCUAAACUGGAGCUCCACUGCAGUGUUACGGUCGCUCCGAUUGGAUAUCCAAUGGACAACAGGUGUUUUUUUAAAGGCACGUGGUGGUGUAUAGGGUUGACACACUGACUGGUUCUACAAAAGAAAGCAGCUCAAAUACAGAUGUACCUCUGAUGCCCCCGGCCAGUCUGAGCUCAUGGUGUGUGCUCGCUGGGGUAAACUAGUGACCUGACCAAAGAGCGCAGUGUUGCUAAACACAAUAAAGCCCCCACAGGAUGUCAUGGGCCAGAGACCUCUUUGCAAGCAGAGUGGACGAGCGAAAGACAGCAUGGGGAGAGCGCAAUGGCAAAAAGAGGAAGGAGAGCUCGUCACUAUGCAACCCACGUUACAUGAGCUGCCUGAGGGACCCGGAGGACUUAGAAACCCCUAAUGCUGCCCCUCAAAAUUACCACUUUGGGGCAGGUACCAGUGGGAGCAGUUUUGGCAUGCGCUGUGGCUGGCAGGAAGACCACUAUGGGAAAAGGAUGGUUGGUGGUGGGGAUCUGGGUCUAAAGGCUGUGAAUCUGGGCUUCGAAGAUGGUGAGCUGAAGGGUAGAAAAGAGGAGGAAUUAGGACAGUUAGCAGAGGGCAGCUGCAAGACAAUGACUGCCGCAGACUGCUGGAUGCAGGUCGUGAGGGUUUUUCAAUCCAAAAAAUUUCAGUCCACCAAGCUGGAAUGUCUGUACCAGCGCUACUUCUUCAGGCUCAACCAGAGCUCUCUGACCAUGCUAAUGGGAGUGCUGGUGGUGGUGUGUGGUGUCAUGCUUAUCUUCCACUGCAUCCACGCAAAUCUCAGUGCUGCCUACAUCUCAGUACUGUCUGUGGCUAUGGCUCUUUUCCUGGUGAUGAUGGUAGUGUGCAAUUGCAACGGCUUCCACCAAGAUUACAUGUGGAUAGUGAGCUACCUAGUGAUCGGGGUACUGAUUGUAGUACAAGUUUUUGGGGUCCUGAUGGUGUUCCCCCGCAGUGCAUCAGAGGGCAUCUGGUGGACGGUGUUCUUCAUCUACAUUAUCUAUACCUUGUUGCCAGUCAGAAUGAGAGCUGCAGUGGUUAGUGGAGCUGUGCUGUCCAUCAUACACAUAGUCACUGCCUGGCAGCUCAACCAAGGGGAUAAGUUCAUUUUCAAACAGAUCAGUGCCAAUGUGCUGAUCUUCCUGUGCACUAACAUGAUUGGGAUCUGUACUCACUACCCCGCUGAAGUCUCCCAGAGACAAGCCUUCCAGGAGACUAGAGGAUACAUUCAGGCCAGACUGCACCUGCAGAGGGAAAACCAGCAGCAGGAGCGCUUGCUGCUGUCAGUGCUGCCACGGCACGUUGCCAUGGAGAUGAAGGCUGAUAUCAGUGCCAAGAAGGAAGAUAUGAUGUUCCACAAGAUCUACAUCCAAAAACACGACAACGUUAGCAUACUGUUUGCGGACAUUGAGGGCUUCACCAGCCUGGCAUCUCAGUGCACGGCCCAGGAGCUGGUCAUGACGCUGAACGAGCUGUUUGCCCGCUUUGACAAGCUGGCUUCGGAAAACCACUGCCUGCGUAUUAAAAUCCUUGGCGACUGUUACUACUGUGUGUCAGGGCUGCCCGAGCCCCGUGCCGACCACGCCCACUGCUGUGUAGAGAUGGGAGUAGAUAUGAUUGAAGCUAUCUCGCUGGUGAGAGAGGUUACAGGUGUUAACGUGAACAUGCGGGUGGGCAUCCACAGUGGGCGCGUCCACUGCGGGGUGCUUGGCUUGCGCAAGUGGCAGUUUGAUGUGUGGUCCAACGACGUGACCCUCGCCAACCAAAUGGAGGCUGGGGGAAAGGCUGGUCGUAUCCACAUCACCAAAGCCACACUGCAGUACCUGAACGGGGACUAUGAAGUGGAGCCAGGAUUUGGAGGCGAGAGGAACGCUUACCUGAAGGAACACGACAUCGAAACCUUCUUGGUGCUUGGCUGCAGCCAGAAAAGGAAAGAAGAGAAAGCCAUGAUGGCUAAAAUACAGCGGGCACGUGCAAAUUCUGCAGAGGGACUGAUGCCACAUUGGGUGCCUGACAGAUCUUUCAACAGAAACAAGGAUUUUAAAGUCUACAAGAAGAUGGGCAUCGAUGCAGUAUCCAGCAAAGAAAAUCGCUGUAUUCAGGAGGCACUGAACCCCGAGGAUGAGGUGGAUGAGUUUCUCGGACGGGCCAUCGAUGCACGCAGCAUUGACCAGUUGAGGAAAGAUCAUGUCAAGAAGUUUCUGCUCACUUUCCAGACUGACAACCUUGAGAAAAAGUACUCCAAAAAAGUUGACGAUCGUUUUGGGGGAUAUGUGGCCUGCACACUUCUUGUCUUCUGCUGUAUUUCUUUGAUUCAAGUUAUUAUUUUCCCAAAAACAACACUUAUGCUCGGCCUUUACAUUAGCAUCUUCAUCAUCCUCGCCAACAUCCUCUUCAUCUGUGCCAUCUACUCCUGCAUCAAACUUUUUCCAGCUGCCUUGCAGACAGUGACCAAGAAAAUAGUCCAGUCUCGAGCAAACAGCACAGUGGUGGGCAUCUUCACUGUCCUCCUCCUCUUCAUCUCUUCUUUUGCUAACAUGUUUAUAUGCAGCAGAGAGAACCUGGAGGACUGUGUGGCCAAGGAGUUGAACACAUCAGUGACUUUCUGCCUUCUUCAUAACCUGACCAGGAUAGCAGAGGACGGUUUGACUCUGUGUUCCAGCCAGACUAUGCCCUGCCAUUUUCCAGAGUAUUUCAGCUACAGUGUGUUGCUGACCCUGCUGGCCUGCUCUGUGUUCCUCCACAUCAGCAGCAUAGGGAAGCUGGCUCUGAUGCUUUUCAUCCAGCUCACUUUCCUCCUGCUUGUGGAGUGGCCUCAGGUGGCCCUGUUUGACAACGCAGACCUGCUGGUCAUUGCCAACACUUUCCAAUUACCACCUGUUAAUGAUUCUCUGCAACAAUUUGGUUUCAGUGAAACUGCAGAACAGUGCCUCAAGAAUGUGACAAAGGUCUCCCUAAAGGUCAUGACUCCUGUUAUCCUCACAGUUUUUGUUCUGGCUCUUUACUUGCACGGCCAGCAGGUGGAGUCCACCGCACGCCUUGACUUCCUCUGGAAGCUGCAGGCUACAGAGGAGAAGGAGGAGAUGGAGGAGCUUCAGGCGUACAACCGCCGCUUGCUCCAUAACAUCUUGCCCAAGGAUGUAGCCGCCCACUUCCUUGGACAAGAGCGUCGGAACGACGAGUUGUACUAUCAGUCAUGUGAGUGUGUUGCCGUCAUGUUUGCCUCCAUAAGCAACUUUUCAGAGUUUUACGUGGAGCUGGAGGCUAACAACGAGGGGGUGGAGUGUCUCAGGUUGCUCAAUGAGAUCAUUGCUGACUUCGAUGAGAUUAUCAGUGAAGAGAGGUUCCGUCAGCUGGAGAAAAUCAAAACCAUCGGCUCCACCUACAUGGCAGCUUCUGGCCUCAAUGACUCCACCUAUGAUAAAGAGGGACGUUCACACAUCCUGGCUUUGGCUGAUUAUGCCAUGAGGCUUAGAGAGCAGAUGAAGUACAUCAACGAGCACUCCUUUAACAACUUCCAGAUGAAGAUAGGGUUGAACAUGGGGCCUGUGGUAGCAGGGGUGAUAGGAGCUAGGAAACCUCAGUAUGACAUCUGGGGGAACACGGUCAAUGUGGCCAGCCGGAUGGACAGCACAGGAGUACCAGACUACAUCCAGGUGACCACAGACUUGUACCACGUGCUGGCAAACAAUGGAUACCAGCUGGAAUGUCGAGGUGUCGUCAAAGUGAAGGGGAAGGGAGAGAUGACCACUUACUUCCUCACCAGCGGCCCCCCAGGUAGUUAAUGAGAGACCAAUUGACCACAGAGUGACUCCCACUGCACUGAUACGUCAGAGACUGCAGAGAGGCAGAGAGUGGUCAGCUCGAAGCGCGGUGCAAGCACGGUGGGGACAGUAGAAGGCCAGCAGGGACGAGACUGUAUGUUGCCACGUACUCAAAUGCACAGAUGAAGGGUGUUGUUCGCGUUAGAAGGUUUUUUUUUUCUCCCCAAGCUGCCCGAGAGAUAAUGAAGCCCAGUUGCCUUAGGACGGACACUUGUGUUUAUGAGCAAUAGUAUAAGUAUUUCAUCUGGAUCAAUUAUUUAUUUUUUGUGAAAAAAACAAACAAACUAUGUUUCAUAAAAGAAUAUAUGCAAGGACAACACUAAGGAUGAAAAUAACCAAAGAAUAAAUGUUUGACAUUUGACACACACUAAUGAAUCUGCUCAAAAAGUACAGUAACCUUAAGUAAUUUAUUCAUCUUUUGUGAGCAAAGGCCACGGAAAUGUCACUGUCACUGACAGGCACGAACACUUAUUUUGUUGUGGACUUAAUGAUGAAGGAGAACGUGCACAUAUAUGCAGACAGCCAACGCAGCAACCCCGUCUCGGACUUUUGUGUUUCUUAUCAGGGCUGUAUUUGUUUCUUCCGGUCUGUAGUUAUUAACAGUCUGGACACUUGGCUGUCUGUGGUUCCCUCAAAACUCUGAACAUUUGUUCUCUGCAAAAAAACAUGGGGUUUUUUUGUUUGUUUUUUUUUUUUGGUUUUUUUUUGUGGCUCAAGCCAAAAACAAGAAGUACAACGUGAAGGAAGCACGACUGCAUUAGUGUCACGGAAAUGAAGAGAGACUGUUAAACUCUUAUGAAAUGUUUUAUACUAGUGUGCGUGCGUGCAUGGGUCUCUGUGUGUGUGUGUGUGUGUGUGUGUGUGUGUGUGUGUCAGAAAGAGAGAGAAAGAGUGUUGUAUGGAUGAGUGUGUGGGCGUGAGAACAUGUAACUGAAUGCUGUUCUUGUGCUGUUCUUUAUCUAUAAAGGGGCAUACUGUCACUUUUCACUGUGAGGUUUUUAAGAUACUGUAAGACAAUGCUUUCUUGCCAAACUGGUUGCUACAUGGCAUGUUUUAUAUUAUUCUUGGGAGUAGUGUGUCCAUUCCUGAUUUGUGUGUGUGUGUGUGUGUGUGUGUGUGUGUGUGUGUGUGUGUGUGUGUGUGCGUGUGUGUGUGCGCGCGCAAAAUGAUAAUUUGAAGAAAGUUAUGUCUUCUAUGCCUUUUACUGGACUGUGAUUUUUGACUGAUUUCAUUCCAACUGAAAGCCUACAGAGGCACAUUUUUGGAUUGUGAAAUGGUUUCCUGACCGCUUCAGGAUUAAGUGUAUGCAGAAAUUUUAUGUCUGCUCUGUAUUGCCUUGAGAUUAUGCAGUUCCAAGGUCCACAUUCUUCAUGGACUAGUGUACACUUUACACAACAGUAUUUGACCCUAUUUUGUAUUUGCCACAUGGAAGCUUGUAACCCCACCCCAACCACCCCCCACCCAAAUGAGUCAUAUGAAUGUAUGCAACAAUGAAUAUUUCUGCCCAAAGUUACUAAAGAACACUACUCUUUUCCUAGCCUUUGGUACUACAGGAGGAGCUGGAUUAAUCUACUGGUGGUCAGAUUGAUUCAACUACAAGGAGUAUUUAAGCAAACUUUACACUUGGUGUUGAUAUGCUCACUUUUCUGUCCAGAAAUGCCUUCACGGGCUGCAGAAAAGACCCUCAAUUUUGCUCGUCCCUCUCUGGCUUAAAUAUGAAAGGUUAACAAAACACAGUUGCGUUCACUUUAAAAAGUGGCAGUCCAAGAGUUGUGCAUUAGUGCAUUUUAAAAUUCCCCUUGCAAAAAAAUUCAAUAAAUGGCUGUUUUUACAUUGA